AUGACUUUCACCGUUGAAGCCUUUUCCGAGGGACCGUUCGAGCUGGGCGAGGGCCCCCACUGGCACCCUCAGCUGAAGAAGCUUUUCUUCGUGGACAUUACCGCCGGCUUCGCCGCCACCAUUGAUGCGGCAAAGAAGGUGCAGGUGCUGCACCAAGAGGACGCCGGGCACACGGUGAGCGCAGUGCUACCUGUUGAGGGACAGGACAACCAGAUCGUGGUCGGCGUGGACACCAGCGUGUACCUGGUCGAUGUGGCCACCGGGGAGAAGAAGCUGCUGGACAAGCUGGCCACCGGCGGGGUUCGCUUCAAUGACGCCAAGUGCGACCCGAAGGGGCGACUGUGGAUUGGCACCAUGGGCUUGGAAACGGCGCCCGGCGUGCUCACGCCCGAACAGGGCGCCUUGUACCUCCUCAGCAAGGACGGCAAGCUGAGCGAGCAACUGGAGAAGGUCUCACUCUCCAAUGGACUGGCCUGGUCACUGGACAACAAGACGCUCUACUACAUCGACUCAUUUGUGAGACUCAUCUACGCAUUUGACUAUGACAUUGACACGGGAAAGAUUGCGAAUCGCCGUGUGCUGGUGAACAUGAACGAGGACAGCGACUUUCUCGCCGCCGAGCUGCCUGAUGGCAUGACCAUUGACGCAAACGGCAAUCUGUGGGUAGCCAUGUUUAACGGCAAACGCAUCGUCAGCAUUGAUGGGAAAACUGGCAAAGUGAUUGAUGUGAUCAAAAUGCCCACUUCGAUGGUCACCUCCGUGUGCUUUGGCGGUCCAAACCUCGACGAAAUGUACGUGACUUCAAUCAAGAAGUUCCUUGAUGAGAAGCGCAAAGCAGAAGAGCCGCUGGCCGGUUACAUCUUCAAGGUGACGUCCACGAAGAAGGAUUUUAAGGGUCACUUGCCCAACUUUGCUUUACAAUUUUAA